AUGACAACAGACAGGCAUCUUAGUGGUCUGGCUGCCUCACUUCCAGUCAAUCUACUAGCCUGUCGGGUGUGUGUCACCUCUGUGAUGUGACAUCUUUGUGGUUGGGAUUCCCGGGGCAGGCAGUUGGGGCUCGUACUUUCAGUCUUGAGAGUCAGCCCCCGCUAUGCUUCUUAUCAGUACUCAACUGAGGUUUCUGCGUUGUUGUGUUGGAUGACCGGCUACAGAAGUGAUAUGAGGCAGCCUUCUCCUCUUGUCACGUGGUCUGUAACGCUUCUCUAAGAACUGAGAGACAGUCAGAGUGUGAGCAAGAGACUGUCGGUGCAGCUGAGAGCACGAGGGUGGUAAGUGGAGGGUGAAGCAAGGGGGAGAGAGCAGAGGGUUUGGGGAGAAGAGGCCACACAACUCUGGAAAACGGUUUCUAUUUCAGUUUUACUUCUGUGGUAUGUCCUUAAGUUUGAAAGAUCAACCAGAAGAAAAAGUUUAAAGGAGAAAGUAAACUAUCAUCCCAAAUCUAAGCCAGAGGAUCCUCGUGGUGAAUAUCUUUUGUCUACAGUAUGGAGAGAUGAAGAGACGUAACCCUGUAAGACUGGGUUCAGUAAAAGUCUGUAUUCUAAAAUGAGUCAUCUUUUUAUUUAACAAAGGGGAAUGAAUGACUGAUAUUAUGUGAAGUAACUUUUAUUAUUGGACUGCCUUCUCCUGGUUCAGAAAGUAUGGAAACCACCUAGCUGGUGGGAGGCUGGAUGGCCACUAGUACCUCGGGAUCCCUGCCGUUUUUCUCCUGUUUUUUUGGCUUGUUUUGUUUUAAUGAAUGCUGUUAGGAUUUUAAUGUCUUUCUGAUGUCUGUGGCCCCAAUCAAUGCCUUGUUAACCAGGGCUUACUAUUUUAAUAAAUUGAUGUUUGGUGGAUUUAAUUUUUUGAAACCAUUUUGAGGUGUGUUACUCUGAGUUUGUUUGUGAAUUCUUUGUUUUUGAGGAGUGUCACUCAUGUUGUGUGUUUAGUGUAGAGGGUGGAACCCACAGGUCAAGUACUCUAUCUUCAGACACACCAGAAGAGGCCAUCGAAUCCCAUUACAAGUGGUUGUGAGCCACCAUGUGGUUGCUGGGAGUUGAACUCAAGACCUCUGGAAGAGCAGUCAAAGCUCUUAACUGCUGAGCCAUCUCUCCAGCCCCCUAUUGUUCAUAUUUGGACAGACAACUUUUCUACUGUCAAAUUGGCUUCUAAAGACAGUUUAUACUGUUAUUUAUAGGGGUCCUAUUUUAAAUGGGGAUUUUUUUUAAAGACAGCGUCUCAUGUGUUCCAGGUUGAUAUUGAUCUGUCUUUGUAGCCAAGGGUGACUUUGAACUUCUGAUCCUGGUGUUUCCACUUCCUGCAGAGUGUUAGGGUUGCAGACAUGCAUCACCAUGCCUGGUAUAGGCUGGAAUAUGUAUGCAGUGGGUAGACCAAACCCAGGACAUGGUGCAUGGGAGCUCAGCUCUCUACUAACUGAGCUACAUCACUAGUCCAUUGAGUGGGAAGGCAUAUAAGAAUCAGUAGUGGAGGGGCUGGGGAUUUAGCUCAGUGGUAGAGCGCUUACCUAGGAAGCGCAAGGCCCUGGGUUCGGUCCCCAGCUCCGAAAAAAAGAACCAAAAAAAAAAAAAAAAAAAAAAAAAAAAAGAAUCAGUAGUGGAAUAUGGAUUUUAGCAGUGGCUAAAAUUGAAUUGUAAAUUAGCCAUCAAUUACAGAUAAAUCUGAAUGUUGGGAAACCGGCUGUUUUCUUGGUGAAUUUCUCACGCGUUUGCUGCAUGGAAUGAUAAUGCCUGGUGGGCAGCUUUAUGAAUGUCUAGGACUCAGUGACUGCCUGGGGGUUCUUGGCUGGCUCCUGGCCUUUCUGUCUCUCUGUUGUGAAGACUCUUGGCUGACCAGAGCCAGUGUUUGUUGCCAUCAGAAGAUAAAGGAAAGGAGUAAAUAAUUUCAGCUACCUACAAAUUGGCAGCUGGUAAUAUCGUUUCAAUGGACAUCUUUUGCUGUUAUCAUUGUUCUGCAAGACAGGCUUUCACCUUGUAUCACCAGCUAUUGUGUUAAUAGUGAGCAGUGUUUAGAGAGAGCAUUCGUUUAAGUCCACGCCUCUUUUUCUGUAAAUUUUUUGGGGGUUAUUGGUACAAAUCACUUGCUGCCACAUGGAAAACACGUAUCGUGUUUUACCUUUUCUUUCAUUUUAACUACCCAGUAAAGUAAAUGCUGGACCCGAUUGCCUGGGUGUGAAUUAACACUUGAAGAGGCAGUGUCUAGUUGGCCCUGCCUCAGUGGUACUCAGCCAUUGGCUGGGUCAGAGGGAGAUGAGUGUAAAUGUGCAGGGGUGUCCUUGUACUCAUUUGUACUAACAAAACAGGGAGAGGGGCUAAGUGACUUAGAGUGCUAUGUUCUAACGCUGUCUGGAAUGAUUUUAAAUUAAAUUAAACAUACAGCUAGCUUAUUGCAUAAGUAAGCCCCAUAUCCAGGGCCCCAGUGGAUGGCUAGCAUGUCUCCAAGGCUCCAGGGUCAGCAUCACUGCUGGGGUAGUCCUGAUGCACAUAUACAAGGCUUCCUCUUCCUUGACCCUUUGGUGUUGCCUUUGUUCUGAUGAGUGGCUCUCCAGCAACUUCCUCUUUCCCUUGGUUUCAGUUGUUCCAUCCAGGUGACACUAUAAAACUGCUUUCCCUGUGGCCCCAUUGGCACCCUCUGAUUUCAGGGCACAUAAAACCUUCAGGGCAUCCUGGGAGGGGGGGGGGCUAGUUCAUUGCAGUGCAGGAUUUACUUGAUCGCCUCCAGCUAAGGCCUACAUGUUUACAUGAUUUUACUGAAGGCUGGAAUGGGCAUAUUGACUGUAACUCACAGUAGAUUGGCUCUUCACAGGUAUUUAAAUGCGUCAUCACUUAGAACUUCUGCUUCAGCUCUCUGCUUCCCAGUGGCACUGUGUUCUUGCUGGGAAGGACAGAAUUGGGUUCUCUUCUUUGCUGUCCUCUCACUGAUGUCUUAAGGCACAGUUGCCAGUUGAGAAUGUGCUCACAACCUGGGAUAAACUGUUGUGAAGGUAUCACCAGGUAACACAUGAGAGAUGCUGAGAUCUUGUCAACAGGUAGACAUCUAAGGGACUUGUCAUCCAUCUCCUCAUUCUGCCUAGUCUUGAAUCAAGGCCACUCUCGUGGUCUAUCAAUCAUCAUCACAUGCUCACUUUGAUGAGCCAAGAGGUCCAUGUUCUAGACUGUGUCUUCCUCACCUAAAGGACUUGUAUUAGGCAAAGGUGAGGCCUGUGGUUGAUGGCCAACGAGCUCUCUUCUGAGUUUGCCCCGGAAGCAGAAAUCCAAUGCUCCUGGUGGAAGGAGCCUGAUUGUCUGUAGUGAGGAGAGUAGGUGUGGUUGCCCACUUAACUGAGCUCUGUGGUUCCAUACUCUCACAAUGUCUACUUUCUAGCCUAGAGGCCUGCCAGGGGUGUGGGUUAGUUAGUGUUGUAUAAUAAACUGGGUUAGUUAGUGUUGUGUAAUAAACUUUGGCAAAGCUAACUCUCCAAACAAAAUGUUUUACUUGGGCAUCCAUAAGACUUAGAAUUGCAACCAUCAACACAUGUAGAGGUCAGGGUGACCUCUUGCAUGUCUAGGGAACAAAGACAAGAUUACAGGGUGCUACACUUUGAUUGUGAAAUGUCCUGCACAGGUUUAUGUAUUACAGUUAGUCCCUAGCCAAUGUCACCACUUUGUAAAGUUGUGGAACUUUUAAGAGGUGGGGCCUAGCUGAAGUAGGUCAGUUGGGCUUGGGCCGUGAGAGUUAUAGCUGAUCCCGACUUCCUCUUUGAUGCUCGCUGGGCUGAGUCUCUUGAGAUGUGAGCAGGCAAGCAGUCUCAGACUCCCACCACUAUGGACCCAGCCUUGAGCUUCGUGCCUUCCCUGCUUUGAUGGACUGUACUCUCAAACUAGAUUUCCUCUGAGACUUCCAAAAUGGUUUUCAGACACACUGGAUAAGAGUCAGCAACUUCCUGCGAGGACUUCAUACUUUCAGCUCUACGUCUUCCCAUGGCAUUUUGACCGCGCUGAGCCCAAGGGACCUGCUCUUCACAAUGAGUGACGAGAAGAAUCUGGGUGUGUCCCAAAAGUUGGUUUCACCCUCAAGAAGCACAAGUAGCUGUUCCUCCAAGCAAGGAAGCCGGCAGGACAGCUGGGAAGUGGUGGAAGGAUUGAGAGGGGAGAUGACUUACACCCAGGAGCCGCCUGCGCAGAAAGGAUUUUUGCUGAAAAAGAGGAAGUGGCCCUUAAAAGGCUGGCACAAGAGAUUCUUCUGCCUGGAAAAGGGAAUCUUGAAAUAUGCCAAGAGCCAAACUGAUAUUGAGAGAGAGAAGCUGCACGGCAGUAUUGACGUGGGGCUCUCCGUGAUGUCUGUGAAGAAGUCAUCCAAAUGUAUAGACCUCGACACCGAGGAGCACAUCUACCACCUGAAGGUAAAGUCAGAAGACGUCUUUGACGAGUGGGUGUCCAAGCUUCGUCACCACAGAAUGUACCGGCAGAAUGAGAUCGCCAUGUUUCCCCGGGAUGUCAACCACUUUUUCCCAGGGUCCUCUGUCACAGACUCUGCUCCGGGAGUAUUCGAGUCUGUUUCCAGUAGGAAGCGCAGCAGUCUAUCAAAGCAGAAUUCAUUUCCAGCUGGAAGCAAUUUGUCAUUUUCUUGUGGUGGGGACACACGAGUUCCAUUCUGGCUACAGUCUUCAGAGGACAUGGAAAAGUGCUCGAAAGACUUGGCACACUGCCACACUUAUCUGCUGGAGAUGAGCCAGCUCUUAGAAAGCAUGGACGUCUUGCAUCGGACAUACUCGGCGCCAGCUAUCAACGCCAUCCAGGGUGGAGCUUUUGAAAGUCCCAAAAAGGAAAAGCGCUCGCACAGGAGGUGGCGGUCCAGAGCUAUUGGCAAAGAUGCUAAAGGAAUGCUGCAGGUCCCUAAACCUUUUUCUGGCCCGGUGAGACUGCACUCCUCCAAUCCUAACUUGUCAACACUGGACUUUGGAGAAGAGAAGUCUUACUCGGAUGGUUCUGAAGCCUCGUCGGAGUUCUCCAAGAUGCAGGAGGACCUGUGCCAUGUCGCCCAUAAAGUUUACUUCGCUUUAAGGUCAGCUUUCAAUAGCAUAUCGAUGGAGAGAGAGAAGUUGAAGCAGCUGAUGGAACUGGACACCUCCUCCUCCCCUUCUGCUCAGGUCGUCGGUCUGAAGCAUGCCCUGUCAUCCGCCCUAGCACAAAACACAGAUCUUAAAGAACGUUUACGCAGAAUCCAUGCAGAGUCUCUGCUCCUCGACCCGCCUGCUGGUCCCAAACCGGGGGACAACCUGGCAGAGGAAAUCUCCAGGGAUGAAAGCCGAGCCCUGGUACACCAGCUCUCCAACGAGAGCAGGCUGUCCAUCACCGACUCCCUUUCUGAGUUUUUCGAUGCCCAGGAAGUUCUGCUAUCUCCUAGCUCUUCAGAAAACGAGAUCUCUGAUGAUGAUUCAUACGUCAGUGACAUAAGUGAUAAUCUGUCCUUAGACAACCUCAGUAACGAUUUAGACAAUGAAAGACAGACCUUGGGUCCUGUUCUCGAAAGUAGUGGGGAAGCCAGGUCCAAAAGGCGGACCAGCCUGCCAGCGCCGGGACCCAACACCAGUAGCGUGAGUGUGUGGAGCAUCCUGCGCAACAACAUUGGGAAGGACCUGUCCAAGGUGGCCAUGCCGGUAGAGCUGAACGAGCCCCUGAACACACUGCAGCGGCUCUGCGAGGAGCUAGAAUACAGCGAGCUUCUGGACAAGGCUGCGCACAUGCCCAGUCCCCUGGAGAGGAUGGUAUACGUGGCAGCCUUCGCCAUCUCUGCAUAUGCAUCCAGCUACUUCCGGGCAGGCAGCAAGCCAUUUAACCCGGUCCUUGGAGAAACGUACGAAUGCAUCCGACAGGACAAGGGUUUCCAGUUUUUUGCCGAGCAGGUCAGCCACCACCCGCCUAUCUCCGCCUGCCACGCCGAGUCCCGGAACUUUGUUUUCUGGCAAGACGUGAGAUGGAAAAACAAAUUCUGGGGUAAAUCCAUGGAAAUUGUCCCGAUUGGUACUACCCAUGUGACUCUGCCUGCGUUUGGAGAUCACUUCGAGUGGAACAAAGUGACCUCCUGCAUCCACAACAUCUUAAGCGGACAGCGCUGGAUCGAGCACUAUGGUGAAAUUGUCAUCAAGAACCUGAGAGACGACUCCUGCCACUGCAAAGUGAACUUCAUAAAGGCAAAAUACUGGAGCACUAAUGCCCAUGAGAUCGAAGGCACGGUAUUCGACCGCAGUGGGAAGGCUGUGCACCGGCUGUUUGGAAAAUGGCAUGAGAGCAUCUACUGUGGCGGUGCCUCCUCCUCCACGUGUGUCUGGAGAGCAAAUCCCAUGCCGAAAGGCUAUGAGCAGUAUUAUGGCUUCACACAGUUUGCAUUAGAGUUAAAUGAAAUGGAUCCUUUGUCAAGGUCUUUAUUACCACCCACCGACACUCGUUUUAGACCAGAUCAAAGGCUUCUAGAAGAAGGAAACAUAGAGGAGGCUGAGGUGCAGAAGCAGAGGAUUGAGAAGCUGCAGAGGGAGAGGCGGAGGGUCCUGGAGGAAAACGGUGUGGAGCACCAGCCCCGGUUUUUCAGGAAAUCCAGUGACGAUGCUUGGGUGAGCAACGGGACCUAUCUGGAACUGAGGAAAGACCUUGGCUUUUCCAAGCUGGACCAUCCCGUCUUGUGGUGAAAUGUAAGGGAGAGAGAGAAUCCCUGCACUUUGCCCACAGUUGCUUCCGGAAGCAACACACACCUGUCUGUACGUUUAAACGAUAGCAGCCAGAACGAUCCCUUGUGCUUAGCGUAGCAUCGUAAGCACUGAAGUAUAUACUUUUCUUCAGUAAGUCUCUUUACAGUUUCAAGUGUUAUCACGAUCGUUUAUAUGAAUGUAGAACGCCUCGGUAUUUCUUUUUAUAUAUAAACUAUUUAAUAAAAAUGAAAGGUUGAAUGUUAAUGUGUGGGUUACAAAAAAAAAAAAAAACCAUUUAACACUAAUUUUCCAAAGGUAAGGGGGAAAAUUCAGAUUUAUGCCUUAUAAAAUCACACUGGAAAAACAAAAUUUCCCAGGUGUGCUAAGAAAUAAUAACACCCAGGGCCACUCGCCCAUGCAUAGCUAUCUGGGUUUAAUUGGGAGCUGGGAUAUCUUUCUGCCUCAGGCAGCUCUUCGAUUGCUCAUACAGAACAAUUCUGCUGGUGCUGAAGUGCCAAGAAUACUGUCAUCUCGUCUUCGUGGUUCAGGAAUCUGUACAAAGUUAGUGGGAUGCCUAUUUUUUAUGUAAGGCGGGUAUCACCCAACCGGAAGAAGUCUUCUCUCCCUCGAGUUCUGUUGCCUUAUGUAUAAAACUGCACCCAGCUUGCUUAGAGAAGUUGCCUUCAUCAGAGAAGACUCCAUUAAUUCAGUGUCCCGAUGGCGUCCUAGGGAGGCAGCAGGCAUUUUGUUUUUCCCCAGUAAGAGCUGAAUCCUUUAAAAACUUAAGAAACUACUUUUGGCUUCCUGCCCCACCCACAGCUUGCAAGCCCUCCUUUUGGCCCCAGUUGAGGACGAAAUGUCUCUCAUUUAGUAUAGACAAACUGUAACAGCCCACGGCAGUGUGACCUUCUAAAACUUCAGCGAAGUCACCGGUGGCUUUAAAUAACCUGGCAUGUUGUUUCUCCACACAGCUUUGGUAUUCUCUACCUCUUACCGAGCACCGUACUUUUGACCUUGUAUAGAGAGUUUGACCAUCUGCCUUAUAGACAAACACUGCUGUUCUUCUGUGUCGUCCUCUGAGAAAGCUGCAAGGGUUUACCUCUCUCCUUGACUCUCUUCUUAUUUGUGAUACUCUGAGUUCUACAUCUGUCUCAGAUAGGAGCUACCAAAGGGAAACUGUUGUUCUUGUAAGUGUCUUACUUCAAAUCAUGAUAUUAGAAUGAAUGUACCCAGUAGCUGAAUUGUGUUACCAGAACAACUUUGACUUCUGCCCAGAGCACAUUAAACCAAAGACUGAUUGCUAAGCCUUUGAUGCGAAUGUCUAUAGCAGUUCUAUGAAACACUGCGUGUAAUGACAGGGUAAAGAGAUGCAUUUGAGGGCCAGCGAGAUGGGCUCAGCAGUACAGCACUUACCCAGCACUGAGGAAAGUCUCCAGGACCCACUUCAAAGGUAGAAGGAGAGAGCCAGCUGCGCAGAGUUGACCCGUUUCACACCAGAUAACCGACGGGACAGCGCGAAGUUUUCACAGUGGGGCGUUGAAGGUGAAUCAGCAGUCUUUGUCGUCUACAAGUGACUGUCAUUUUAAGCACCUCAUUAAAUAUUGGUUCAUUUAUUCCUUGUUAUGGAUACACUGAGAUGAACCAGCGGGAAUCUCAUUUCCAUUUCUAAGUAGCUGGAUGGUGCCACCGGUUCUUUUGUCCCUGUUUUGUUUUUUUCUCCUUUUCAAGUGUUUUUUUUUUUCCGUUAUCCACAUUUUGACCACAGGCUGGAGAUGUAAGGAAGGAUCUCAGCAGGGAAACGAAACCUCGAGGACAAAUGUGGGAUUUUAGUAAUACUGGCUGUGAAAUAGGCCUGCUUGAGAGGCUGCCCCAAAGGAGAAGGAAAAAUGACAAAAACCACAAAAUUAAGAAUGUACCCCCAGAGUCAGUACAGCCAGUUACUUGAAAAUUCUUAAAGUAUCUCCUGAUAUAAUUUCUGUUGGCCUUGAGCUGUAAUUUGGAACCACACAAACAGCUGAUCCAAAUGUCUCUGCUGUAGUCACCUUAUUUGAAUCAGGGACAGGAAUGAACAGAGUAUGUUCCAGAACCAUGUGAAAGCUCUCUAAGUCACCACCAGUGUCUGGAUUACAAGCUUCCGGAGAUGCAGAUGGUCAGGAGGUGCACGCUGUUACUUGAAUCUUAAAACUCCCUGCUGGAGGGAGGAGGCUGCUACAUUCCUCCUGUCCUGUCUAACACACCCUUCCUCCAAGUUUGUAUGUCUAGGACUUGGGUAUUUUCAUAAGGAAAAUAGAAUUGUGGGUAUUAUUUUGGGAAGAAUUAAGAUAGUUUUAAUCUUUCUGAACUGACUUUCUCCAAUACACAAUGCCAACCGCUGCCCUCUUUGAUGUGCAUGUUUUAGCCCCUCUCAUUCCAAUUAUCCUGUUUCAAGUUUAUGGUGAGUUACAGAUGUUCUCCUAGUAGUGGGACCUUGUGCUAACCACACGCUGCACCUCAUAUAUUUUCCUUCUCAGCACUCAGAACCCUGAUCUGCAAGGCAUCAUUAAAGAAUGAGUAUCUUCGCUGUAGCAAAUGAGGGGCGCACUCUCCCCCACAGGCCUUCUGAUGAAAGCCUCAGUGCAGCUUCUUCGUGCAGUUCACAUCUUGUUGCUAGGAUGCUCCUGGUAUUUACUAAACAUAGGCAGUUCACCUCCCAGACACCAGGGGGAUUGAGGUACUAACAAAAGAGAUGCAAUUCACCUCCCAGACACCAGGGGGAGUGAGGUACUAACAAAAGAGAUGCAAUUCACCUCCCAGACACCAGGGGGAGCGAGGUACUAACAAAGAGAUACAGUUCACUUCCCAGACACCAGGGGGAGUGAGGUACUAACAAAGAGAUGCAGUUCACGUCCCAGACACCAGGGAGAGUGAGGUACUAACAAAAGAGAUGCAGUUCACUUCCCAGACAGCAGGGAGAAUCUGGUACUAACUAAACAUAGGCAGUUCAUCUCCCAGACACCAGGGGGAGUCAGGUACUAACUAAACAGAUGGAUGCAGUGCGAUUUUUGAGACACUAGGGGGAGCCCGGUACUAACUAAGCAGCCUUAGGAGGGUUCUUGUACUAACCAGAUUGGGGGGUGGGGGUUCACUUUAGGUCAUAAAUACAAUUACCUACUAAGUAGCAAGAAUGCCUCAGCAGUCCCCAAGCCUUCCAGUGCCUCUGGGGGCUUCCUGAGUUUUUUAAUGUUAGCUCCAUUUAGGCUUCUGUUUUCCUCAUCCUAUUUUUUAAUUACUUCCAAUAAAUCAUUUGCUCAGCCUUCUAGCACUGCCAUUCCUCUGUAUUUGCCAGAUUUAUGAUGCAUUGUUUUAGUCUACCCUUAAAGAAGUCAAGCCAGAAGUCAAGCCAAACGUAGAGGUGAGGGUUACUUUACUUUUUACUGUAGGCCUACUGUGCACACCCCAAGCUCUCUGAGGGACUGUAGCCAUCAGAGACUCCUCACACCCUCUAGCUACCAAUCAGAGCUAUACGUUUUUCUCCUCAUCUUAGGAAUACAGGCUACAGUGUUCGGUCAGAAUUUAUUCGAAUGUCUUUAUUUUUAAUACCAACAUCAGCAUAAAUCUAUUUUUGCUAGUAGAUCAAAGCUAUUUUCUCAUGCUUUGUUUUCUGUCUUGUAUCGAUCUGUGAAUCUGGUUAUCUUUGUUGAAAACCUACAUAUCAAAUGUCUCUGCAAAUCAAGAUGGUCUAAAGUGCAAGCUGGUUUUCUGUUUGUUUGUUUUUGAAACUGGGUUCAGGGGCUGCAGUUGUCAGAAGUGACUCAAUUGCUUCAUUUGUGAUGAAUUUUUUUAUCUUCCUCUGUUACCCCACAGGAUAUGCUUUUGGGGGAAAUGAUACUUGUAAAUCUUCUAUUUAGCCAUUUGUAAAAUCUAAAUCCUACCACACUACCUGUACCCCUUUUGCUUCCCCCAGAGGCUCCUUUUCAUUUGCUGUCUCUCUGCCCCUGUGUAGCUCACUGACUGAGAAUAAAGAAUACAGCAAAAA